GGGGAAACUUAUCGGCUUUGAAUUUGAGGAAUUCUUUUUCUGACUCAAUACCCCACAAAGGCUGUUGGACAAAUUUGAGGAGUUAGUGAGUUUUGGAAGCUCCACGAGUGGGGAGGAGUUUUUUGGGAGGGCUCACAUAGCGCAUGACUAUCGAACAUUUAUAAACACUGUGCGAAUCAUACUCUCCAGAAAGGAUUUCAAUUGACUCCCCCCUUUGGGAUUCUCCACUCGCAGCAUCAGUCAACGGUGAAUCGUCGUGGAUAUUGUGUGCCAAAGUUAAAAUUGUCGCGUAUUCCGAGUGUAAAUUGUGAGCUCCAUUUUGGAAUACGACACAUUUUUCGCGCUUUUCCAGACAUCUCCUAUGAAUCUCUAAACUCCCCAGAGGCUCAUCGACUUGAGUUGUGGUAGAAUUGCGCAAAAAAAGAAAAAGUCCUGGAUGCGAGAGUGAAAGUUGCACCCAAGAGGGAUAUAAUUUUACGUCAGCAGCUUCGAAACAUUUUUCAUUCCAUCUGAAAUUUGUCAGGAACAAACAUUAUCAGUCGUCACGUUGGACGGAAAAAUAUUUUCGGCGGUGAACAAUUUCCUCACUGCAUCGUCAUUUGCCAAGGAAAUACGUCAAUUGAUCAUGACACGCCAAGCUAGUGAUCGUCCCGAGGGGGAUGAUUCACAGAAUCAGCCACCACCACCCGAUACUACAUCUCAGUCGUCACCAGCCAGUGGAUCCCAGAAUGUGUGCACAGAUGAACCACCCAAAAGUGCAACACCGAGCUCCGAAGGUAACGUUUUCUUUGGCAAUCGCCCUCGCACGACAGAUUUACCAGGGAAGCGUCGUCUCAUCUCCAAGAAUCAAAUGAGAGACUUCCGUGAGGCUUUUCGUCUUUUCGACAAGGAUGGGGAUGGAAGUAUCACGAAAGAGGAACUAGGAAGUGUUAUGCGUUCCCUCGGGCAAUUUGCACGUGUGGAAGAGCUUAAGGAGAUGCUCCAAGAGAUCGAUAUGGAUGGAGAUGGAAAUGUGAGUUUUGAGGAAUUUGUAGACAUCAUGUCCAAUAUGACGGAUACAGCUGUAGAAUCAGCAGCUGAUCAGGAAGAACGUGAACUACGUGAUGCAUUCCGAGUGUUUGAUAAACACAAUCGUGGAUACAUAACAGCUAGUGACUUGCGGGCAGUAUUGCAGUGCCUUGGCGAGGAUCUCGAUGAAGAUGAAAUUGAGGACAUGAUUAAGGAGGUGGACGUUGAUGGGGAUGGACGCAUAGAUUUCUAUGAAUUUGUACAUGCUUUGGGUGAACCUGAGGAUUCGCAGGACAAUGAAGAAGAGGACGAUGCGAUUUCUCCCCUACCCACUCCCCUUCCCAUCCACUAAGUCGCGUCACAUAAAAUGAUUAUCAAUCAUUCUCACUUGUGGCAACUGAUUCCAUUUUGACCAACUUCUCCGAACCCCUCUCAGAGAAAUAAUUAAUUCCCAACUCUAUUGGACCGAACUUCUCUCUCUCUCUCUUCAUAAAUCACACCCACCACCACCCACAUCCUUCAACUGGGUCCAUUUGGUAACUUAUCUACUGACCCAACUUCUAAACAACAUAUCAGUUGUGCAACACUUUACCAAAGGAACAUUCAUUAUUAAAAUCACAAUGGAAAUGAGGAUUAACAUUUUAUCGUCCUAUUUGCUCGUACAACUUUUUGCGUGUGACAAUUUUAAUCGUAUUGAAAAUCAUAAAUGAUCACUAUUAAAUGAUAAAUCAAAUCAAAAAAAAAUCUUAACAAAUUAAAAGACAAAUUAAAGAAAAUGUAUCGUAAACUUAUGAGAAAUAUAGCGCAAAUUGACACUAUUUAUGGGCUCGAAUUUUAAAUGUAAGGCGGCACAAAUGUUGAAUUUCAACUUUGUACCAAAAAUAUUUAUUUAUUUUUUUCUCUUUAAAUCUCCAUUAAAUUUGAUCAAUUCUAUUUCGAAAAUUUUGAUGUAAAAAAAAACUCUUUGAAAAAUAUCUUUACACAACACAAUUGAAAUUAAAAAUAUUAAAAUGUUUGUGUAAAAUUUCAGUGUGUCUAUAAAUAAAAGAUAAUGAUUCAAA